CCUGUCCCCAGUGCCAUGACACGGGAGGGGCAGUUCAGGGAGGAGCUGGGCUACGACCGAAUGCCCACACUGGAGCGGGGACGGCAGGACCCAGGCCGGCAGGACCAGGGCAGCUACACCCCGGACGCAAAGCCUGGCGACCUUCAGCUGUCUAAGAGGCUGCCCUCGUGCUUCAGCUACAAGACCUGGGUCUUCUCCGUGUUGAUGGGGAGCUGCCUUCUUGUGACCUCGGGAUUCUCCCUCUACCUGGGCAACGUGUUCCCCUCUGAGAUGGAUUACUUACGGUGUGCAGCGGGCUCUUGCAUCCCCUCAGCCAUCGUGAGCUUCGCUGUUUCAAGGAGAAAUGUCAGUGCGAUUCCCAACUUUCAGAUACUGUUUGUUUCCACAUUUGCUGUCACCACCACGUGCUUGAUAUGGUUUGGGUGCAAACUGGUCCUGAAUCCAUCAGCAAUCAACAUAAACUUCAACCUCAUUCUGCUCCUCCUGCUGGAGCUUCUCAUGGCAGCCACAGUGAUCAUCUCUGCACGGUCCAGUGAGGAGCCCUGCAGGAGGAAGAAGGGCUCCAUCUCCGACAGCAGCAACACUCUGGAGGAAGUGCCGUUUCCUGCUCGGGUCCUGAAAUCCUAUUCGGUGGUCGAGGUCAUCGCUGGUGUCUCUGCUGUCCUCGGUGGGGUCAUUGCUAUGAACGUGGAUGAAGCGGUCUCGGGCCCACAUCUCUCAGUGACAUUCUUCUGGAUCUUAGUGGCUUGUUUUCCAAGCGCCAUUGCCAGUCAUGUGACGGCGGAAUGUCCCAGCAAGUGCCUGGUGGAGGUGCUGCUGGCCAUCAGCAGCCUGACGUCCCCACUGCUGUUCACGGCGUCCGGGUACUUGUCCUUCAGCGUGGUGAGGCUCGUGGAGAUCUUCAAAGAUUACCCACCAGCCAUCAAAUCCUAUGACCUGCUGUUGCUGCUGCUGCUACUGGUGCUGCUGCUGCAGGGCGGCCUCAACACUGGCACCGCCAUCCAGUGCGUGAGCUUCAAGGUCAGCACGAAGCUGCAGUGCACGUCCUGGGACACCCAGGCUGGCCACCAGGAGCGCCCAGAGGGGGAGGUGGCCAGAAGCCCCCUGAAGGAGUUUGACAAGGAGAAAGCCUGGAGAGCCGUUGUGGUGCAGAUGGCCCAGUGACCAGAGUAGACGUCCAGCUGCACAGACCCCACUGUCCUGUGGCCACGACUCUCUAACACACCCUUUCCCUUCCUGAGGGCAGCUUUUAUUCUCAUCAGACUUAACUUUGAAGUAGGUGAAUGUGGGCUGUUUUGUCCUGUGGGAUCCGUCAGCUUAAUGCUACUUUGGUGGCCCAGCCACCCAGGCCCCUGCGAAGAUGGCAGAAGGGCAGCUGGGCAGAGGCCUCUCCACAUUCCAGGCCUCUCUGGUCCAGCUUCCUUGGUGUGCCCUUCCCUGUGGCCUGUGUGUGCUGUGGCUCUUCCUCACUUUGCG